GGACCUUCCUACAUCCCACUUCUGUCUUUCUUGAAAGCAUCUAUCUGUCUGCGUAUCGAUACAUCAGAAAAAUGUUUGACAAACUACCCAACUAAAACAGUUUCCUGGGGGACAUCAGGCUCGAUGAGAGUGAUCUCCUGCCCGUUGCAUCAUCUGACAUAGGGGAGUACUCUGAUAUUCACGACAGUUAUAUCAGCGAUUCAGAGCCGCUCGCCGGCGCAUCUCUCCUCAAAGGAUUUGAUGCAGACCAUGUCUAUAAACUGGCCAAAGAUGGAGAUGUGAUGUUCGUUAUCACGACCAAGGAUCCUCCCACUCGGAUCCGGGUGUCGUCCGAGGUGCUGAUGCAAAAGUCCCAUUUCUAUGCGGCGCUAUUGGGGCCGCAUUUUCGAGAAGGCGGGAUACUUCGAGAAACUGGCCGGUUCACAAAAACGUAUGACAAUAUUAACCCUGCGGCAUGAAAAUAAUGCACGGCUUAGCCUGGGAGGUCCCCGAUCGCAUGGAUAUCGAACUUCUCAAAUACAUUGCGGUCAUAGUUGACACUUUCUGUCUUUUUGAAGUCGUUAAAGAUUUUGUGGAAAGGUGGAUAAAGAACGCAUGGCAAGGGAACAUUCCGACGCCACCCAGUCAAGAUCUCGUAGACUGGGUGCCGUAUGUCGCGUGGGUCUUUCGCCGAUCUCCAGAAUUCCAGCAUGCAACUCGUUCCAUCAUUAUGGAGCAGAGCGUAACUUUUAACCCCAAGCACGCCUAUACCCCAGAAGAGCUGCACGUCGCCAUGUGCAAAGUCCGGCGUCAUCUUCUUUCUAGGAUGAGACGUUGUAUACGAGACCAUCUCAAAGAGCUGGACGAUGCGCAUCACGACCCUGUGCCUGAAGGACGAUGCCCAUGUCCGCAUAGCUUCAUGCGAGAAUGGAAGCGUGUUCUUCAAGUGGCCCGCUAUCCACAUCAGCACAAACUCUCCCCAGCCUCGAUGCUCACGAUGAUCUAUGAGAUCGUAGGGAAGUUUGACAUAGUGGUGGGAUAUAGUAUCCCUGUAUGCAGGGUAAAUAUCCACAGGGUCCUGGAGGCCUGUCGACAAGAGAUGCGAUACUGUCAAGGCAUCAACUUCAAUGGCCACCCCGUUCGAUGCCCAGAUCCACCACCAGAGAUGGACUUCCGGGCAAUUAACUGGCCCUACAACGCUUGGGUGGGGAAAGAGGGUUCGAGAACCGGCAAGCGAGAUAUCUGGAAACACCAGAGACGUCUGCUUGCUUCUACAGCAGCGACGCCGGGGUAUGGAAGGGACCCAAACGUGGACUGGCGUUUGCUUCGUUUGGUUCUUCCCCGCACCUGACUGACUGACUGACUCGUGUCAGCAUGACCGGUUCCCCUCUUUCCUCUUUCCUCUUCCCUCUUCCCUCUUCUUUGCUUCCUUGCAUCCCCCCUCAACAAAGACACCACUAUGCCUCUUGCCAAAGCUAUCAUUGAUGAUAUCGUCCUGGCUGAAUCUUCCGCCUGGGAAACGGUCGAGGGCAAUGUCUAUGUAAGUCCGCCAUCUGGUAGACUGGCAUGCCACUGACAGCUCAGUUUCCUCCCUCGGCCAUUCGGGAUCCCUCACUUCUGGUGCCGACAGACCUGGCAACCUUUUGUCCGUGGAAAGGAGACGCUUCGUAUUAUUCUCUCAUGAUUGGUAGUGAGUGUCCCAUUCUAGAGAAUAGAGUCAUCCUGCUCGGGCGGAGAUGGACAACGCAAGCGUGGCUAACACGUCGAUCCAGACAAGACGGUUCCUAACGCAGCCUGG